CACAGCGACUGGAGACGGACCGAGAGCAACGCGCAGGGAGAGACCACCGAGCACACAGCCAGGCGCUCUCACACAUACACAUACUCACCCAGUGCCUGCUCUUUCCUCUCCCUCCCCCCGUCCUCCUCCUCCCUUUCUCUCUGCAACAAGGGGGGGAAAGCCACUUACAGGUAUUUGUCUAGUGGCUCGGCGUCUUUAUUUUUUCCCACCCACCCCCCUUCACAGUUUGUUUACAAGUAUCAAAGUUGUAAUUGAGGAGCUGCCAAGACACAUCUGGAUAUUUCUUCUUCUUUGUGCUAGGGAGUGAUGUGCAACUAAUUAAAGGCAGACAGGCUGGUAGCGUCUGCAAUUUCCAGCCCCCCAAAUAAAGAGACUGUUGUCACAGUUCCUGGGAGAAUGCAAACGAAGAGGCUGCCUGACAAUUUGCCGUCUGCAGAAAUGUACCCCACAGAGGAUUAACAUCCCCCCUCCCCCUCCAUCCAGCACCCGACCCCAUCCCUCCCACCCAGACGACGGCUCCUGUGGCCCUCCGCCCUGCCCUAUCCUGCCCCUCACUGGUGUCCCCCCCCUCCACCCUUUCUCCCCCUGCCACCCCAGCAUCCCAUUGCCACCAUGAACACCAACGUGUGCGUGGAGAGCGGCCCCAACCCCGAGGCCCCGGGGCUGCCCAAGGAUAACCACCUGCCCGAGGGGGCCCUGAACAGCCUUGUGGAUUACAACUCGGAGAUGGAGCGCUACCGCUCCUUCGCCACCUUCUACAAGACCAACGGGGGCGCCUUCCCCCAGGCGGCCAAGAUCGCUCGCAUCACCACCCCCAUCUUCCCCAGCGCCGCCGCCGCCGCCGCCGCCCGCAUCGGCAUGUCCCCCUGGAACUGCGAUAGCGCCACGGCCGCCGCCGCCACCGCCAUGCUGUGGGGCAGCGGCGGCGGCGGCAACACGGUCCCCGGCGGCGCGGCUGGUGCAAGGAAAUCCUCCUCCUCCGCCUCCUCCGCCGCCGCCGCCUCCGCCUCGCUGCACGCCGGCAGGAGCAGCAUGCACCAUCGGAACGAGUCCCAGCGGCUGGGCAAGCCUGGCUGCGCGCCAGCCGAGCAGCCCGCGUUGCAAAUGGCAAAUAAUAAUUUCCUCUCCACCUUAUCCCCCGACCACUGCAGACCUCUGGCUGGGGAAUGCAUGAACAAGCUCAAAUGCGGCGCUGCUGAAGCAGAGAUAAUGAAUCUCCCCGAGCGCGUGGGGACUUUUUCCGCUAUCCCGGCUUUAGGGGGCAUCUCAUUACCUCCAGGGGUCAUCGUCAUGACAGCCCUUCACUCCCCCGCAGCAGCCUCAGCAGCCGUCACAGACAGUGCGUUUCAAAUUGCCAAUCUGGCAGACUGCCCGCAGAACCAUUCCUCCUCCUCCUCGUCCUCCUCCUCCCUGGGAGCCGCCGGAGGAGGGGGGGCGGGCGGAGGAGGAGGCGGGGGAGGAGGGGCAGGCAACCCUGCCAAGAAGAAGAGGAAAAGGUGUGGGGUCUGCGUGCCCUGCAAGAGGCUCAUCAACUGUGGCGUCUGCAGCAGCUGCAGGAACCGCAAAACGGGACACCAGAUCUGCAAAUUUAGGAAAUGUGAAGAGCUAAAGAAAAAACCUGGCACUUCACUAGAGAGAACACCUGUUCCCAGCGCUGAAGCAUUCCGAUGGUUCUUUUAAGCAGUAGUAUAUCUUAUUUUCAAGGCAGUCCGAAGUGAAUGGCAAGCUAAAGUCUUGUUUUAAGAAACUGCUUAGUCCACCAUUGAAGAAUAUACUCAGAUACUAUUUUCAUUUAUGUAUAGGGGUUUCCUCAAAAACAAAACUUAAACAAUCUGGAAGCCUGGGGAAUUGGCCAGUUUAUUCACAUUCAGUACACUGAAUCUUUAUUUGAUGUAACUUAGCUAUACUAGUGAAGUUGUUGUCUAUUUUUAAAGUGGCUGUAAAAAAACAAAAAAGUUUGGGUAAACCCCUGCUGUAAAAUCAUGUAUCUUUGAAAAGUAACAUAUCUAUACUUCAUUUUCAGAUAUAUGUGUUUCGGUACUGUAAACUGUACAGAUAGCAGCUUGUAUUUUGUGUGUUUAGACACAAGGAGACAAUCAUGUCUGAGCAUCUAUGGAGAUUAAAAGUUUGUACACAACAGUGUGGUUCUGCAAGUUAAAUCUGGAGCAAUAAAUUCUAGCUUUAAAUAUUAUUUUGCUGGCUGUUUAGAAGCAGCAGCAGCAGCAGCAGCAGCACUGUUUUACCAUGCAUCCUUCCAUAGAGACUUGAUGCCAAGUGUUACAAGAUUAAAAGAUUAUGUUGCAUCUAGCAAUUACCUUCAGUUGUAUUGUUGUAAGAGGGGAGACAUAAAAUCUAAAAUUAAUCUUUUUGAGCACUAUUUUAGAGUAGUGGUUGUGCACUUGCAUUGCUUCCAAAAGAGCUUUACAGAAGGGUAUCCGUCCAAAGUAACACAGCGUAGCUGACUUGCUUUUGACUGUGCUGUAAAGUGAAAUGCACAGUAUAGAUGGACAUGCGGAAUCAGUCAUUUUAUAUAUAGCAUGUUCCAGCAUACAGAAUGAAAAGAGUACCAUAUCUGAGAAAAAUCUAUGACUCAAUGUAUUUACCUUCCCACUAAGAGUUGCUAUGUAGGUUUUUUCAAUAGAUGGAAUAAAAAUUUUAUAAAAUAUGUGAAAAUAUUUUCGCUCCAUGUGCAACAUUUAAGGAUUAGGCUAGUUUAUAAAUUUAGACAGGCUUGGAUCUCUCCUGCAGUUGUGAAGGCCAUGAGAGCCUGGGUAUUUUUUAAGUAUAUAAGAAAACCCCACAUUUUUUUCAACUAGUGACUAUUUGUCCCCACACAUCUUUCUUUGUCCACUAAUCUUGGGCUUGCUGAAUCACUGGUCCCCCGGGCCUAUGUAUACAGAACAUUUACUCCUCAUAAAGGCAGAACAUGGAGUUACAUAAUUCAGAUGUAAUAUAAGGAUAUGGAGGAUACUGAGUUUACGUACACUUCAUACA